UUUGAGCCUUAAGUUUUGGUUUCUGUAGGUACAAUAGUUCCCUUUCUCUUCUUUCCCUUCUCAGACCCGGCUGAGACAGCAGGACAUCGGCCUGAAGACCCACCUGGACCAGCUGGACCUGCAGAUCAGCAAGCUGCAGCUGGAUGUGGGCACAGCCUCAGGGGAGGCCCUGGACAUCGACAGCAGGCCCAGCUCAGGUACCAGGGUGCCCUGACCUCCUGGACACAGGGCCAGGCACGCAGCCCAGGCAGAGGUGAAGCCUGUCCCGCCAGCCCGUCUCGGGCUGAAAUUCCAUUCCACUGCUCUCCCAGUGUCUGUGCAGGGAGGCAGCCGCUUCAUCAGGCUGAUCUGAAAGUUAGGAAGCAACACUGGAGCCUUUCUCAAGGCAUAUAUAUUAAUUGGCUACCUCACUCUUAUUUUUUUAAUUUGCAAAAAUCACACUGUGGUCUAAGUGACAUCGCUGACUCAGGAGGCCUGGGGCUGAAGCACCUCCCCAGACUGGUCUCCUUCUCAACUUGGCAGGCGCCAGGGAAGAGAGAGAGAGACAGGGGCCAGGGGCCUGUCCUCAACGGGCCGAAAUCCAGAGGAAGAGGCCACCCCUUAGGCAGGCAUUGACCACCCAGGACUAACGGGACCACUUGCCAGGAAAAGGGAGGGCAGUGCUGCCGAGUGGGGGGUGGAGUGGGCUCUCACCAACUCACUGACAGCCCCUGGGAAGAAUCCUGUACAUCUUCACCUGAGCCACACUCUCCCAGGCCGGCCGUGUGGACGAUGGCCCACAGCCUCCGGCUUUUAUGAGAUGAGCGACGGUGGAUCCUGCUCCCUGUCCACGUCCUGUGCCUCUGUCUGCAGUGACCACAUCUCUCCCUCGCUGGGCAGUUUGUUGCCUGUGGCCCAGGCCCCCAAGGCCAGGCCCAGCAUGGGGGACUGGAGGCCCCGGUCGGUUGAUGAGACUACUGUGCCAGCGUGGAGACCCCAGGCUACCGAGGAGGGCACCAGGCCCCGGGGCAGCAUGGAGAAUGCAGGCCAGCCGUGGGGCACAUUCUGGCCCAGGCCGGUGUCUACAGGUGAUCUUGACAGAGCCCUGAUGGCAGACACGGGGCUCCAGAAAGCCAGCACAGGUGCUGAGCUCCUCGGGCUCCUCUGCCAGGGGGUGGACUUCCCGCUGCACAUGCCAGACCCCAAGUAUCGGCAAGACCUGGUGUCCCAGGGCGGUAGGGAAAUGUACCCGUACCCCAGCCCCCUGCACGCCGUGGCUCUGCAGAGCCCCUUGUUUGCCCUGACUAAGGAAAUCCCACAGAGCAGUGGCCCCUCGUGCCCCAGGGAGACCCCCCUAGGCCCCGCAGGUCUGAACACCAUCCAGACUGGGCCCGUCCUCGAGGCCGGUCCGGCCAGAGCCAGAGCCUAUAUCGACAGGCUGCUGCAUCUGUGGGGCCGGGAGACCCCAGCAAAGGGUAGUGGGGGAGAACAGGGACCUCUACGGCAUGCAGUGACCCCAUCCCCACAGAGGCAGGGGGGCUGGAGUACAAAUGGUGGAGGGCGACUAUUGGUCUUCGCCCCCGGGAGGGAGGACGAGGGAGGGCCAGCUCGGAGCAGGGGUGCUGGCAGGGGCCCCCAGCAGCAGGGAUCCAUGCCUCUUGAGGGUCCCCCGCACCCUGGCAACCUUCCAGAGGAGCCCUCGAAGACUUGCGUCCUCAGGGAGACCAUGGCGCGGCCCUCUCCCAGCUGGAAGGCCCAGCAGACACCCCCAGCUCAGGACUGUGGACGAGGCAACGUCAUAUCCCCAUCCAGGAUGCUGGACAAGAGCCCCUCACCGGCCUCUGGGCACUUUGCCCACCCUUCCUUGGCUGCCAGUCUGAAAAUGGGUCCCCCCAAGAGCAAGGCCGAAAAAAUCAAGAGAAGGCCAGCGGACAAGGUGCUGCUGAGGUUUGCAAGGCAGCCGCCGCUUCUACUGGAGAGGCCUGAGGGAGCCCCUGCAGCCGCCCAGCCGUCCCUGGAGUGGGACCCUGCCCACUGGUCCCCAGGGAGGGGUGGGCUCCAGCAGAGGCCGGCCCUGGCCUGGGAGGCACCCGGGCGCUCCUGUUCCGAGUCUACCCUCUACCCCAUGCCUGUCCUCGUCCCCCUGGCGGUGGCCCCGCAGGAGAGCCACCGGACCUCAGCCCAAGCCUUGUUCCCCUUUGAGGCCGCAUUGCUCACCUCGGUGGCCAGGAGGAAGCAUCGCCGCUGGCAGUCCACUGUGGAGAUUUCGGCCCAGGCCCGCCUGGCCAGCUGUCCCGAGUCUAACCUGGUGCCCCCCAGGCCCGUGGCCAGAAGAGCAGGUGGUCCACAGGCCCGGGGCCGGCCCUUGCUGGUCCGCCAGGACGCCCACACCUGGAGCAACUCAGAGCCCUCCAAGCACUCGGCCGAGUGUGACCCACGGUUCCCCUCAGUCAUCCCGGAGACCAGCGAGGGGGAGUCCAGUGACCACACCACCAACCGAUUCGGAGAUCAGGAGUCCAGCAGCAGCGACGAGGAGGGCGGCGCCCAGAGCAGGGACUGUGACCUGGCACUAGACUAUGUGGCAGCUGGGCACACGGAGCUGGCCUGGACCCAGGAGGUCCCGGUCAGCUCGGGGCCACUCCUGUCCCCCGUGCCCAAGCUGUGCCGUAUCAAGGCCUCCAAGGCCCUGAAGAAGAAGAUCCGUAGGUUCCAGCCGACGGCCCUGAAGGUCAUGACCAUGGUGUGAGGCGCGGUGACUGCAUCAGGAGAAGCCUGCUGCACACAGGGGCCCUUUCCCCGCAGCGUCCUGUGCAUGUCUGGGUUUCAGUGUCAUCUCGCUAAGCCGCUUUAUCUUCCGAGGCCACCAUUUAACAGGAGUCCCCUCCUGUUACACGCUCUGCCCGUGGAGUAUGCCGUGAGUCCCCGCACCAGCACAGACUUCCAUGCAGAGCUCUGGUUUCAGAUGCCAGCAGACUCCCCGGCCGACCUAGCGUCUCUUUUCAACGUCUGCCCAGGAUACGGCUUCCGGCAGGCGCCUUGUUUCCAGCUUGUCAUCCUCCCAUGGCCUUCCCCUGCCCUCACUCCCCUCUGGCUGGGGAAGCGUUUCCCAAUCCUUUGACCAUUCCUCCCCAGAAGCGUUUUAAAGAGGCGGUUGCAGGACUCUGUGCUGGAAAUUGAAUUGGAGUUUAAACUCCACGUUACGCUGUCAGCGUACACAGACAACCAAAUCAUGCCAUGAUCUCAAAUAAAAGGAACUUUUUCUUUCCUCUUAA